AUGUCAGCAGAGGCCGAGCUCCAGCCGGGUGUCAAAACCAGCCAACGAAAGGAGUCCAGGAGGAUCAAAGGUAUGUUUUCUCUCUCUCUCACCGCAGGUCAGGACCGCACCGAGGCGGGGCUUAUUAAGCGUUUCCGUGGAGAUGGCGUGCGCUACAAGUCCAAGCUGAUCGGGAUUGAUGAGGUGACAGCGGCGCGCGGGGACAAGCUGUGCCAGGACUCCAUGAUGAAGCUGAAGGGAAUGGCUUCCUCGGCACGUUCCAAAGGGGAGCAUAAGCAGAGAGUCUUCUUGACGGUCUCUUUCGGCGGGAUCAAGAUUUACUGCGAAAGAUCAGGGGUGCUCCUGCAUCACCACUCAGUCCAUGAAAUCAGCUACAUCGCCAAGGACACCAGGGACCAUCGGGCCUUUGGUUAUGUCUGCGGGAAGGAGGGCCACCACAGGUUUGUGGCCAUCAAGACGGCGCAGUCGGCGGAGCCUCUCAUCAUUGACCUGCGUGACCUCUUCACGCUCAUCUACGACAUUAAACAGCGGGAGGAGAUGGAGAAGAAGGCCCAGAAAGACAAACAGUGUGAGCAGGCAGUCUACCAGACCAUCCUGGAGGACGAAGUGGACGAUCCAGUUUACCAGUACAUAGUGUUUGAGGCUGGACACGAACCCCUCCGUGGCCCCCAAUCAGAGGAGAGCGUGUAUCAGGUCCCAACCAGUCAGCAGAAGGAAGGGAUCUAUGAUGUCCCAAAACGCCAUUUCAUGACUAAUAUCAACCACUUUGAUCUUUUUGGCGACAUGUCCACUCCUCCCUCGAUGCCCCCAUCACCUGCCAACACACUGGACCCGAGCAGGAGCAGCCGCCAGCAGCAACACAAUCCUGCUGAGAUGUACGCCCCCUUCAGUCCCACCUCUGUGCCGUCAGGUUAUAUGACCAUGGGCCCGGUGCAGGCGGCCCAGUGGGCGCAGCAGCCUUUUCCUGCCCAGGCUCAGACUCUGGCCUUCCCCGUGCAGGGGCCCCUCCAGGUGGCUCAGGUCCUCCCUGGUGGUCAGCCAGUCAUCUGGAGCCAGGCCAACAUUUUCCCAGCUACUCAGCAGCAGUGGGCAGCCAUGGCGGCCUACAUGCCAGCCCAGACCGUGGGCGUGGGGGGCCACGCCAUCCCAGCUGCCAUGCUCCAAGGCCUGGUACCCAUUACCACCAUGUGCCCCCAAGCUUGCGACCUAUCAGCUCCUUCCUCUGCCAUCACCAGCCCCCAGCACACGGCCGACCCCGCCCUGCUCCAGAGACAGCUGAGCCUGGGCAAAGAAGGCCUCGGCUUGGACUCAGACGCGGGCGAGGGCCCCUCUACAUCAGGGGCAGCAGCAGGUGUAGGGCCUGGUGCUGCGUCAGCAUCGGUGAGCAGGUGUGGGACUCCAGGCCUCAUCAGUGUACCAGACACACUGGCCUGCAGUCAGCUGCUGCCACCUUCAGCUGCUGCGACCCAGGAAGAGGAAGGGAGCUGUAGUGACCUUGAUCUCUCUCGGAUGACCUUGAGCCCAGCCUCCACUCCAGCCCCUCAGCAGAGCUCUUCUUCAGAUUGCCCUCCCUCCCAGGGCAGUGACCCCCCGACAGAUCACUCCCCUGUAGACCCAGAGGGCAUCUCCAGCAUUGCCAAGGAGGAACAAUCGGGCUCUGAUGUUGCAAGGUCGGACUCUCCAGUGCCCAGUGGAGCUCCUGAUCCUCCACAGGAUCAGACCUGUCCACAGGAAGACAGCUAG